GAAGGGGUUUAUUCGGCCGGAAGUAUCGGCAAGCCUCCUGCCUCAAGAGCCUAGCUCCCCGUGUGAGCAAUUCCUGUCCCUUUUAAGGGCUCACAACUCUAAGGGGGUCCGCGUGAGAGGGUCAUGAUCAAUUGAGCAAGCAGAGGGUACCGUGAAUGGGGGCUGCAUGCACCGGUAAUCAGAACGAAACAGAACAGGACAGGGAUUUUUACAAUGCCUUUCCAUAUAAUGUCUGGAAUCCAUAGAUAACAUAACCGGUUAGGUCAGGGGUCGAUCUUUAACUACCGGGCUUAGGUCAGGCAGGCCCAGGCCUGGUUUCGGGUCUGGUUCUUAGGCGCCGGGUUACCUGCCUUUAAUUUCGCUUCUCUUUCCUUUUCUGAGUAUAAAACAGUAUAAAACAAUAUGAGAGGUUCUGUCUCUCUUCUCUCAGUUCAAGCGAUUCUCCUGCCUCAGCCACCCGAGUAGCUGGGUACAGUCAUGCGCCACCAUGCCUGGCUAAUUUUUUUGUAUCUUUUAGUAGAGAUGGGGUUUCACUACGCUGGCCAGGCUGGUCUCAAACUCCUGACCUCGUGAUCUGCCCGCCUCGGCCUCCCGAAGUGCUGGGAUUACAAGUGUGAGCCACCGCACCCGGCCCUCAUUUUUACAAAUGUAAUUGAGUACUUGUUUGUGUACACUAGUAGACGAUGUGCUUCUUGAGAGUAAAGCCCAGGUGUUCUACAUCCAUGGUUCAAUUAAUGUAUUGGUAUCUUUUCCAACCUAUGGCAUCUGAGAUACAACUUCAAAAGGAUCUGCUGACAGAAAUAGGGCAAAGCGGUUCUGGUAUUUUUUUUUUUAAGUUUUUUUCUCACUAAUGUUCUUAUGAUUUCGCUGUACUACAAUGUUAGCUGAAACAGCACAGAUAUCAGGAAUGGCAUUGUUAAGACUGACCUUAGACAAAAACCCUGAAGUGAGAGGUUGCAUUUUGGGUUCUCACCAUACUCUUCCCCGGCUCUUGUCCUAAUUGUCUAAAGCUUGCUUCCCUUCCACAUCGUAUCAGCCUCCCACCUGAAUCUUCCCUUUUCCUCCUUCACACUCAUCUUUCUUGUGCCCCUGUCCCCCAUUUUUCCCUUUUGUAAGCCAUUUUCAUAAGGAUCCUUCCAAAUAUUUCCACUAUUGAUUGGACAACCCGUAGGUGGCAGACUGUUCUGGGCCAAGGCAACCAAGUUGAGCAGGGCCAGCAAUCAGUGUCGGGAACUUCUGCAGGGCACUUCAGAAUCAGUGUCGGGAACUUCUGCAUUCUAUUUUUCACGGACACAGACAGGAACACUGAUAUGCGAAAGCAAAACAAUCAAAAAGCAUUUUCAUUUGUUUUUCAGGUAGUAGGAAAGAGUUCCAGAUUCCCAUCCUUCUGAAGCCAGGAGGGAGGUUCCUAAAAGGAGGUUAGGGCAAGAUGGAGACUUCUUUUUAAACUAGUAGAUUUCGCAAAUUGCAACACAUACGUUAUCUAGUCCACGCAAAGGACAGGCCUUGGGGACACGGCACGGGGAACGUGUUCCACCUGGACGGCUGAAUCAGAAGUCUCUCCCCCAUCAAUUGAACGCCUCACUAUUUUUCUUUCUGUCUUUUCUUUCUUUUUAAGGUAAAUGAAUUGCUUCUUUUUCGUUAGGUGAGGCCGGCAGAGAACAAGAAGAACUGAAACGGAGGCGAGGUUAGUACCCAGCAAAGACCCGUGGCGAGGAGAGACAAUGAAGAGGACCACGGGACUGGACCCUGAGAAAGGCAGAGGAGACGCUGGCUGGUGGGGCCCGCAGGCGGACAGCCACGCAGGCAGGCGGAAGGCUCGGCUCGGCCUGGGACCGCUGCAGACCCGGCCUCCGCGCGGGGCCGAGGCGCCUGGGUGGGACCGAGGAGGCGGGGCCUUCCCGGCGGACGGAUGAUGGACAGCCUGACUCUCCAAUCGCGUCCUUAAAAGGGUGCGGGCAGGCCAAUGAGCGGACAGCGAGGGCCGGAGUGGGGCUGAGGCUUCGGUGCAGAGCUGGAGAACCGCGGCUGGGACCGGAGUGGGGAGCGGGGCGUGGAGGUGCCACCCGGCGCGGGUGGCGGAGAGAUCAGAAGCCUCUUCCCCAAGCCGAGCCAACCUCAGCGGGGACCCGGGCUCAGGGGCGCGGCGGCGGCGACUGCAGCGGCUGGACGAUGGCAGCGCCCGCCGGAGCCGGGGCGGUGAUUGCAGCCCCAGACAGCCGGCGCUGGCUGUGGUCGGUGCUGGCGGCGGCGCUUGGGCUCUUGACAGCUGGAGUAUCAGCUUUGGAAGUAUAUACGCCAAAAGAAAUCUUCGUGGCAAAUGGUACACAAGGGAAGCUGACCUGCAAGUUCAAGUCUACUAGUACGACUGGCGGGUUGACCUCAGUCUCCUGGAGCUUCCAGCCAGAGGGGGCCGACACUACUGUGUCGUUUUUCCACUACUCCCAAGGGCAAGUGUACCUUGGGAAUUAUCCACCAUUUAAAGACAGAAUCAGCUGGGCUGGAGACCUUGACAAGAAAGAUGCAUCAAUCAACAUAGAAAAUAUGCAGUUUAUACACAAUGGCACCUAUAUCUGUGAUGUCAAAAACCCUCCUGACAUCGUUGUCCAGCCUGGACACAUUAGGCUCUAUGUCGUAGAAAAAGAGAAUUUGCCUGUGUUUCCAGUUUGGGUAGUGGUGGGCAUAGUUACUGCUGUGGUCCUAGGUCUCACUCUGCUCAUCAGCAUGAUUCUGGCUGUCCUCUAUAGAAGGAAAAACUCUAAACGGGAUUACACUGGCUGCAGUACAUCAGAGAGUUUGUCACCAGUUAAGCAGGCUCCUCGGAAGUCCCCCUCCGACACUGAGGGUCUUGUGAAGAGUCUGCCUUCUGGAUCUCACCAGAUGCACCAUUGUGUAGCCCUUACAACUGGGCCUGUCCCUUCUGUAGACGUGGGAGUAGCUGAACUCCACAGAACCCCAGGUUACACACUAAGGACACAGGUUGUUAGGGCUCCUGGAUGAGGGGCCCAGUCAUAUAUGCACAGUUAGACCACUCCGGCGGACAUCACAGUGACAAGAUUAACAAGUCAGAGUCUGUGGUGUAUGCGGAUAUCCGAAAGAAUUAAGAGAAUACCUAGAACAUAUCCUCAGCAAGAAACAAAACCAAACUGGACUCUCGUGCAGAAAAUGUAGCCCAUUACCACAUGUAGCCUUGGAGACCCAGGCAAGGACAAGUACAUGUGUACUCACAGAGGGAGAGAAAGAUGUGUACAAAGGAUAUGUAUAAAUAUUCUAUUUAGUCUUCCUGAUAUGAGGAGCCAGUGUUGCAUGAUGAAAAGAUGGUAUGAUUCUACAUAUGUACCCAUUGUCUUGCUGUUUUUGUACUUUCUCUUCAGGUCAUUUACAAUUGGGAGAUUUCAGAAACAUUCCUUUCACCAUCAUUUAGAAAUGGUUUGCCUUAAUGGAGACAAUAGCAGAUCCUGUAGUAUUUCCAGUAGACAUGGCCUUUUAAUGUAAGGGCUUAAGACUGAUUAGUCUUAGCAUUUACUGUAGUUGGAGGAUGGAGAUGCUAUGAUGGAAGCAUACCCAGGGUGGCCGUUAGCACAGUAUCAGUACCAUUUAUUUGUCUGCCGCUGUUAAAAAAUACCCAUUGGCUAUGCCACUUGAAAACAAUUUGAGAAGUUUUUUUGAAGUUUUUCUCACUAAAAUAUGGGGCAAUUGUUAGCCUUACAUGUUGUGUAGACUUACUUUAAGUUUGCACCCUUGAAAUGUGUCGUAUCAAUUUCUGGAUUCAUAAUAGCAAGAUUAGCAAAGCAUAAAUGCCGAAGGUCACUUCAUUCUGGACACAGUUGGAUCAAUACUGAUUAAGUAGAAAAUCCAAGCUUUGCUUGAGAACUUUUGUAACGUGGAGAGUAAAAGGUAUCGGUUUUAUUCUUUGCUGAUGUCCUUUCUGCUUGAAAUAACAGUCACCAUACAGCUAAAGGAGAGGAGUUUCUUUCCUUCUAAGUAGGCAGAAAUGGGAUCAUUAUGUUGCCACUCUCCAAUCUCCCAGAGCUCGCUCUCUAGAGAAUCACCUUCUUUUGCUUUUUUUUUUUUUUUUUUGAGGUAGAGUCUCACUCUGUUGCCCAGACUAGCCUUGAACUCUUGGGCUCAAGUGAUUCUCCCUCCUCAGCCUCCCGAGUAGCUGGAAUGAACUAUAGUUGCACCACUGCAGCUGGCAAGAAUCACCUUCUUUAUAAAGCGUCAGUCAUGCUUCCAGCAAGAGGCAGCAUCAGUCAUGGCUUUAUAACAGCUUCAUGGUGCCUCAAAGACUGUUGAGGUUAAUGAGAGCCUAGAUUAGACAGUUUGGCUGUCCUUCCCUAAAACUUGUUUUCUCCUAUUCGCUACUCCCCACCCCACUUAAAAUCUAUGAGUUUUUACUUUUUACUGGGAAUGGAAAGUGUGGUGAAGAUCAUUCAACACUUAUGUUGUCAUUUCUCCCAUUUUCUGAAUUUUUUUUUUAAAUUUCCCCCCUUUUAAAAUUGUCCGAAAGCCCACAGUUAUGGAAGGAAUACUGUCUAGAUGGUCUGCAGAACAUGUUUGGGGUGAGUGGGAGUGAGGGGCAAUGUUACUUUUUCUCCCUGUAGUUUGGAGUCCAUUAUGAGCUGCUGCUUUUUCUUCUCAUCUUGUCAUCUUCUGGGGAUGUUUGAAGGCUGAGUUCCAACAGAAUUCACAGAGGGAAUAAAACAGGAUUGAGAUUUCGAGGUGUGCACAAGGUGGUAAGAUAAAGGGCAUACGAGCUUCAAAACUAAUGCUGUUGCAUACACGAAGCCUUUUGUUUUUUGAGGAGCUAUUUUUGUUAUUCUUGUAACGCUCCACCUUACAUGCCACGUCUGUGUGAGUCAACAGGGAUCAGGUUUGGUCACCACACAUGUCUGAAGCUGGGCAGCGUCUGCUCUGUGUUCUGUGUGGAAUGGAGAAAAAAACGCCUGCCCUGCUGCCUUCCAUGUUCAUAGGCCCAGCCCAAGAGAGUGACACACAGUGACACAGUGCUGGCCCUGAGACAUUUCCACAAAGUGGUCAACUCUGCCUUGCAUCCUAAAACUUUCUGGGCAUCUAUUUUGAAAACUAUAGGAGCCUUUGGAAGGCCUCUUAUGUGUGUUUGGAGGGGAAGGGUGUUGAGAUUGUCACCAUCCUUCAAGCUGAGACUCCUGGUGAGCCUUUGCCACCAUGAAAACCACAUAGCUGACCAAGGCUGUGCUUGAGGUACAGAGGACACACAUUGUAGACAGGCCUGUGUCAUGUUUCCUUACAAUUGUUUUUUACAGAGAAAAGGGGCAUUUUUUUUUCACUGCUUUCUCAACAGUUCCUGUGAAUAAAUGAAACAUUUCGGAGCUCCCUGAGAGCAAGAGCCUUCACUUCUUCUUGCGGUGCCGGGACCAUGUGUUGGUGAAGCUGGUGCUGUGGGGGCCACUCACUCGAAUGACACCUGGAGGCCUUUUCCUCCCUUACCACUCCCUUCCCCAGCCCGACUUCUUGGCCUCCUGCCCAACCAGACACCUCAAACUCUGUCAGCGCCCUGGCAUUCUGGCAGAGAAUCCUUACCAGUUCUCACCAACCUUCCCCCCAGGCAAGGGCAGCUGCCAGCAUGGCGCUCUGCCAGGACAGGUUUCCCUGAAGGAAGCUGCUCACACUGAGAUGAGCCUCUCAGGGCAGGACCUCUUCCCAAGCCCUGCACACCCACCCCUGCAGCCCUUUUGGCUCCCCUUUUUCCUGUGCCUCAGCACUCCUUGCCUGGUUGCGGAUAACGAACUAAGGUUGCCUAAAGGGCAGAUCUGCCCUCUCCAUGUCGUCAUCCUGGUAAACAGGGUCGUCUUAAAAUUAUGCGCUAAUUCUGUACGGGAGCACUCAAAAGGCAUUACUUAGAGAUUGAAAUUUCAAACUAUCUCUAGUUUUUCAAUGGAAAUGUAUCAGCUAGGGAAAAACCAUCAAGCUCAUUAUUAUUUUUUGAUCUUCAGUUGUAUUUUUGUGAAUAUUUUAAUACAUUUUUUUCAAUUUCUGGA